AUGUAUGAACCAACAAAAAAAUGCUCAAAGUGUAGUGCAAGACACCAUACCUUACUUCAUUUCGGUGACCACGAUCAGAUUGUCAUUUCUGCACAUAUUACAGUGGCCGCGUCGUCUACCAGAGGCCCCCAUGCAUCAGUUUUGUUAGCAACCGCCAGUGUGGUGAUUCAGAAUGAAGAAGGAAAUCACGUCACUGUACGAGCACUAUUAGACAGCGCCAGUCAAAGUAGCUUUAUAACUAAGCGUUGUGUUCAUCUAUUGCAGUUGGUCAGAAAAAAAUGUGACGUUAUGGUACAGGCUUUGUCUGGGACACGUGCUCCUGUGGUAAAAGGAAGCGCCAACAUAAUUAUACGUCCUGUCGAUCAAGAAAAACCACAAUUUAACGUAGACGUCCUAAUUUUAUCUCGUAUAACAGGACCUGUGCUGCCAGAACGCGUCUGGUCAGAUAACUGGACCCACACACAUAGAUUACAAUUAGCCGACCCUGAAUAUUCCGAGACGCUACCGAUUGACGUUUUGCUCGGUGCCGAUGUUUUCCCGUACCUUUUCCUAGGUGAUAAAAGGAAAGGUAUCGCGGGACAACUGAUUGCCAUGUUUACUGUCUUUGGGUGGGUGCUCAUGGGAAAAACGUCCAGUUCACCAGACAGGAACAUAGUCACUAUGUGCUCAAUCACGUAUUCGGUAGACCGAAUGUUACAGCGUUUUCUAGAAAACGAAAACGUUCCAACCGUAGAGAAAUCUAGUCAGGCUGACUUGGAAUGUGAACGAAUAUAUCAAUCGACCACAACGCGCCAAUCGCAUGGUCGUUAUAUAGUGCACUUACCAUUCCUGCAAGACCCAUCACUUCUCGGGAAAUCGGAAGACGUGGCAUUGCGUCGGUUAGAGCAGUUGGAAAUCAGUUCCAACAGUUUCCUGAGCUCCGUGACGAGUAUCACAACGCAAUGA